ACUGCCUCGCGGCGUAGCUGAUCUCGCCGGUUGCGCGCGCACGUCCAAUCUCUCCGACGACUUUUCUCUCUCCAGCAGCCGGCCGGCGCGACACUGUAUAAAAGAAGAAAAGCAAUACAAAUCAAUGCAGCGCAAUGACAAUAAAGUAUUCAGAUAUUUAUAUGGAAAGAAAGAAGUAAAAACUUUACCGUCCAAGAUACACCAUUGGUCAUCCACCUCCGUGUGUUGAAUAUAACUAUCUUCGAUAGUCGGAUCGUAAUCGGCGACGAACAGUUUCUGAAAAAACUGUAUCGUAAGGGCACUCUUGCCGACCCCUCCAUCUCCAACGACGACCAGCUUAAAGGUCAUAAGGUUGUCAUUAUUAGGAGGACGUGUCAUUCCGCCUCUUGAUCGUCCACUCCUUCGCCCGCUGCUGUUCCUGCGUCUGCCUAUUCUGCCAACUCUUCUAACGUGUCUUUUUGGCAGUGCGACUGCUCGUGGGAUGGUAAAUCGUUCUCGUCGUCUCGAGAGAUUCUGCGACAAUCAACAACAGUUUUAGAAUAUCCCGCGCGAAUGCUCGGAACAAAAAUGCGUAGAGAUAUUUUCGGAGCAAUACUUGGCUGACGUUAAUUAGAAUUAUAUCGUUUACAAAACUCAACGAGCGAAAUCGUCGACAUUAACGGGGUAAGGUGUGUCAAUUGCGCGUGCAACAGUGCGAGGGUAAACCUGUUCCUGGAGAGCUCCGAUCUCUUCGUCGAGAGAGACGUCAAGCUGUGCGAUUUCACGCGCAAUAAACGGGAGAAGAUUUUGUUUCGCGCGAUAAAUAAUUCUGCCGGUGCAACGAGGCUCCGAUCGCUCUCACCUUACAUGAUCUGCCACUUCUGCUUCUCCUGCUGGCAGCUGUCAGUUCGCAGAUAUGUACCGUGCGCAAAUAUAUCCGCGUGCAUAUGUAUGUGUGUGUGCGUAAAGUGUUGUGUUUCGCACGAGCGGAGCGAGAACGUAUUAAUACGCGCACACGCACACACAUGUCACUUUGACAGCGCACGCGCGCAGCGCUUCGUUCGUCGCUGCGACCAUAGACGUCAAAAAAUACAGAGAGGCGCUGCUUCUGUCGAAUCGACUGCGAAACCAAAUCGAUUGUCGAUUGUCGCUUACUUCGGAAGAGAGACUCGCCGGCUGGCCGACAAUUAUUCAUAGGUUAUAUUGACAAAUUCAUGCAUUAUUUGUGUAUAAAUUGUAAUAACAUAAUAAAAAUUCCGAGCAGGAGAAAUAAAUGUACGUUUCUAGUACAUCUCGAAAGUUUUAAUUUAUAUUAUUGUUAUAUCCAGAGAGAAGCUGAAUUAAUAGAAAUAUCAAAAUGGACGCAGAUUUGUAUGAUGAAUUUGGAAAUUAUAUUGGUCCUGAUUUGGCAUCGGAGAGCGAGGAUGAAAAUGAAUAUGGCAAUGUUGGCGAUGACACCGAGGACAGAGAGCGAUCUGAUGAGGAAAUGGAGGAAGACAAGGAUGAGUCACGAGAACAAGUGGAGCAAGGUUCUUCCAUGGCAGUUGUCUUACAUGAGGAUAAACGAUAUUAUCCAAGUGCAUUAGAGGUGUAUGGACCUGAGGUAGAAACACUUGUGCAAGAAGAAGAUGCUCAACCACUAGAUAAACCAUUGAUAGCACCUACCAGAAAACCAAAGUUUCAAAUAAAACAACAACAGCUGCCUGAAACAACAUAUAGCAUUGAAUUCUUGGCUGAUAUAAUGGAUGCGCCACAUUUAAUUAGAAAUGUAGUUUUGCUAGGACAUCUUCAUCAUGGCAAAACUACCUUAGUUGAUUGUUUAGUACAACAAACUCAUCCUUACUUACAUAGUACUACUGAUGAGAAACCAUUGAGGUAUACCGAUACGUUGUUUACCGAGCAACAGAGAGGCGUUUCUACGAAAGCAACUCCCGUCACUCUCCUGCUACAAGAUGUCAAAUCCAAAUCCUAUCUCUUAAACAUAUUCGAUACACCAGGCCACGUGAAUUUUUCCGACGAGGCGACAGCCGCGAUUCGUCUGUCAGACGGCGCUAUACUGAUCGUCGACGCAGCGGAAGGUGUGAUGCUAAACACUGAACGUCUACUGAAGCACGCGCUUCAAGAGAAGCUCGCUCUGACCGUCUGCAUAAACAAGAUAGAUCGUUUGGUAUUAGAGCUGAAACUACCGCCGUUAGAUGCCUACUACAAAUUACGUCACAUUAUCGAGGAGAUUAACGGACUGAUAGCGUUAUACUCCACGGAUGUCGAGAAUCCUGCUUUUGUUUCGCCCGCCGUUGGAAAUGUUUGCUUCGCCAGUUCCGAAUACAAUGUGUGCUUCACUCUGAAAUCAUUCGCCGCGCUUUAUGCCAGGAACUAUCCCGGACUCAACCCCAGUGAAUUCGCCAAACGACUCUGGGGCGAUAUUUAUUUUAAUCCUAAAACGCGAAAGUUCACCAAGAAACCUCCGCACAACACAGCGCAGCGAAGUUUUAUCGAGUUCAUCUUGGAGCCUGUGUAUAAGAUAUUCGCGCAAGUCGUCGGCGACGUAGACACGACGUUACCAGAUGUUCUGGACGAACUCGGCAUACGAUUGACAUCCGAGGAAAUGAAUGAUAUACGACCUCUGCUAAGACUCGUCUGUACGCGAUUCUUAGGAGAUAUGUGCGGAUUAGUCGACAUGUGUGUCACUCACGUACCCAGUCCGCAUGCACACGCACCUAAUAAAGUGCAGCAUGUCUAUACUGGUCCGAUAGACUCGCCGCUCGCGCAGGAUAUGGUCAAUUGUGAUCCGGACGGAAGAUUAAUGAUUCACAGCACAAAGAUGUAUCCAACCGAGGAUUGCACCCUAUUUGUAGUGCUUGGCAGAGUAAUGUCCGGCACAUUGGAAGCGGGACAACGCGUUCGCGUGUUGGGCGAAGCAUAUUCGCGUACAGAUGAAGAAGAUUCACGUGUUCUCACAGUGGGCAGAUUAUGGAUCAGUGAAGCGCGUUACUCGAUCGAAUUGAGUCGAGUGCCUGCUGGCAAUUGGGUCCUCAUCGAGGGUAUCGAUCGACCGAUCGUGAAGACCAGCACCAUUACGGAUCUCAGUAAUUCAGAAGACUUGCACAUCUUUCGACCGCUCAAAUUCAACACGCAGAGCGUCAUCAAGAUCGCUGUCGAGCCGGUUAAUCCAUCUGAGUUGCCGAAGAUGUUGGACGGUUUGAGAAAGGUAAACAAGAGCUAUCCGCUCUUGGGUACGCGCGUCGAAGAAAGCGGCGAGCACGUAGUCCUAGGAACUGGAGAACUCUAUCUUGAUUGUGCGAUGCACGAUCUGCGUCGCAUGUAUUCCGAGAUUGACAUAAAAGUGGCCGAUCCAGUAGUCGCCUUUGCGGAAACUGUAGUGGAGACCAGUUCCCUCAAAUGUUUCGCUGAAACGCCGAAUAAACGGAAUAAACUGACAAUGAUAGCGGAACCACUGGAGAGAGGUCUUGCCGAGGAUAUAGAGGCCGAACAUGUCCGCAUCACUUGGAAUAAAAAGCGCUUAGGAGAAUUUUUCCAAACGAAAUACGAUUGGGAUUUAUUGGCAGCGCGUAGUAUAUGGGCAUUUGGCCCUGAUUCUACAGGACCUAACAUUCUAGUUGACGAUACUCUACCUUCCGAGGUAGAUAAAACACUAUUGAACAGUGCACGCGAUGCUAUCAUUCAAGGCUUUCAGUGGGGAACUCGUGAGGGACCAUUGUGCGAAGAACCGAUUCGGAAUGUAAAGUUUAAAAUCCUUGACGCAGUCAUUGCACAGGAGCCACUCCAUCGAGGAGGUGGUCAAAUCAUUCCUACUGCUCGACGCGUCGCAUAUUCCGCCUUUCUUAUGGCUACGCCUCGUUUGAUGGAGCCUUAUCUAUUCGUCGAGGUGCAAGCACCCGCGGAUUGCGUGUCCGCCGUUUACACAGUUCUAGCGAAACGCCGAGGUCACGUUACCCAGGACGCCCCGGUGCCGGGUAGUCCGUUGUACACGAUCAAGGCCUUCAUCCCAGCUAUCGAUAGUUUCGGUUUCGAGACAGAUUUACGGACGCACACCCAGGGUCAAGCAUUUUGCCUGUGUUUUCAUCAUUGGCAAAUCGUACCCGGUGAUCCUCUGGACAAGAGCAUAACUAUUAGACCGCUCGAGCCACAGCCGGCUACUCAUCUGGCCAGAGAGUUCAUGUUGAAGACGCGAAGACGCAAGGGUCUGUCCGAAGAUGUAUCUAUCAACAAGUUCUUCGACGAUCCUAUGUUGCUCGAGUUGGCCCGGCAGGAUGUGCUGUUGAAUUAUCCCCUCUAAUUUAAGAAUUAUAUAUAUCGUAAUACAGUGACGUAAUACAUUUUUAAGUAUUUUCUUACAAAAAGAGAAAUACGCGUUCUGCACGAUAUCUCAAAGCGCGCGUACGUAUAAUUCUGUAAUGCUUCUUUUUCUAUCAAGAUAUUUUUUUCUGACAAAAGAUUUCAAAAUUUUUCAAACUUUACACAUUUUUAGAGUGGAAAAUAGUCGCAAUUAUUUUUAAAGAAAAUCUUCUAAACUAGCUCUUACAGCUCUGUUUUAAUUGUAAUUUAAUUACGAUUAUAUUAAUUAUAAUUAAAUUAUAAUAGAAUUCACAUGUAAUCAUAUAAUACUUAUUUCAUCUAUCUUCGUCUACUUUCCAUGUAAGAAGUGUAUAUAAAAUGGAAAAUA